GACCAAAAGUCAGAUCCACCUCCAGAUGUCAGCGAAUAUUGCCCAGAACUGGAAGACAUUGAGCGAAAAAUUCAGAAGAAAAAAUUUGCAGAGCUUACUGAUAAAGAGAAGGAGAUCAUAAAAGAAGUUCGUUACAUUCUGGUGACUGCUACAACUAUAGAGUACCGUGCUGUGAUGGGUGCAAUCGAAUGUACCUGCAGUGAUGGUAAUUUUAUUAGAGUUAUCACUAAAGAUAAAUCUGCAAAUUUUAUCCUGGCAAAAUACGGGUCGUGUCAUGUUACAAUAACUAGGACAGGCCAAGGCCCAGAUGAGACAGAAGAAAUUCUUGUUUCGGUUCAAAAAGAUGUGGAGGCUAAGUAUGUCAUUGCUAUUGGGAUAUGCUAUGGAGCAAAGGAGAGCAAAACAAAAGAACUUAGCGACAAAACAAAUUUAGGUGACAUUAUUGUUGCCAAAAGUAUUGUCGACACUGCACAUCAGCGUAUUGAAGGAAAAGAUACAGUAGUUUUAACUAACACAUACCCAUGUGGAAAGAAUCUUUUUAAACUGUUCAAACAUGAUGAAGUUUUUCAAAUUAAAGGUAAAGUAGUUAAAGUUCAUCAUCAAGGUUCUCUGGCCUCUGAAUUCACACUGUUUCGUAGCAAAGAAGCAAAAGAAGAGAAGUUGAAAUAUGUCCAAAGAGCACUUGGAGGAGAAAUGGAAGCAAAAGGUAUUUAUAAGGCUGCUGAGAGAGGAGAAUUUGAAUGGAUCGUAAUAAAAGCUAUCGUCGACUGGGGGACAGAAGAAAAAGACAAGAAGUGGCAACCGUUUGGAGCUGUCUCGUGUGCAAGGUUUGUCCUACAGUGCUUGGAUUGAUGGACGAGGAUGCAUAAACCAUUGAAAGAAACUAUAAUUAAUCUAAACUAGGCUGAGUUUCAUAUGAUUAUUAAUCAAUUGUUGUACUUCUUAUAGACUAGUUUUUUACUAUAGAGAUAGACAUUUUU